CUGAAGCAUUCAAAUGGGGAUUUUUUGUCAACUGGAGAAGUGGAAGGGGUAAAAAUAUUGAAGAUGACAUGGAUAAGCAACAGACUCUGCAAAAAUAUUGUUCAGAGAAUGGGGCCAAACAAAACAUUAAGCUCAAUCAGUAAAGUUUGCAAGGCAACAAAUGGCAUUAAACAGGUUGUAGAACAAUUUGAUGGAACUGUUGGCAUCCACAAGGUUUCUGCACAACACACAACACAAGACUCAAUGGUAGAUGAAAAAGAGAUGGUUGCGGAUUUAGUUAAAUUUGACCCUUUCCAUAAAGUACCUGGUAGAUCACACACAAGCUUUCCUGCUAUAAUUUAG